CCCCACCACCCCCAUCUCGCCUCGCUCUCUCCCUCGGCCACACCACCCCCGGCGCGGUGUUUCCCACUGCCGCCUACACCGACCACAGACUGCCACCGACCAGCGAAGAACCCGCAUAGGAUUACAGGCGCCUCUGCUGCGAAAGAGAGGGCUUUGGGUGUGGAUUAUUAUUAUCACUCUCGUAACCGAACCGAUAGUUAAUACUAAUCGUUAUUAAUUAUAGUUGGAGGGUGUGUGUGUGUGUGUUGGGGUGGGGGUGCGAGGCUGCCUGAUUUUGGAAGUCGACAGCACUUGGGUAUUUUCACCCGGCGCGUCAACCCUCUCAAGGGGUGAAGGAUUCGUCGAGGGAAUCCGAACCGAACACAGGUGCGGACAGACCGGCUCACACCCCCGUCACCGUCGCUGCCAACGCCAACAACGUCAACAACGCCACCAUGCCCAAGCAGGUGGAGGUCCGCAUGCAUGAGAGCCACCUGGAAGUGCCCCCGUCGCAGGGCCGGCGCGGCUGCUGGCAGUACCUGAAGGGCACCUGCCUGUGCAAAAACCCGCUGCUCACGCUCACCGUCGUCGGCGUGAUCAUGGGGGCCCUCAGCGGCAUGGCGCUGCGCUCGGUCGCCCCGCUUCACCCCGACAUCGUGAUGGUCAUCUCCUUCCCCGGAGACAUCCUCAUGCGGAUGCUCAAGAUGCUCAUCCUGCCGCUCAUCAUCUCCAGUCUCAUCACAGGUUUGUCCGGCCUUGACGCCAAGUCGAGCGGGCGCAUGGGCACGCGCGCCAUGGCCUACUACAUGUCGACCACGGUGAUCGCGGCCGUGCUGGGAGUCAUCCUCGUGCUGGCCAUCCACCCGGGCAAUCCCAAGCUCAAGAAGCAGCUGGGAAAGGGGCAGCUCAACGAGGAAGUGUCCAGCCUGGACGCCUUCCUCGACCUCAUCCGGAACCUCUUUCCCGAGAACCUGGUGCAGGCCUGCUUUCAGCAGAUUCAAACGGUGACCAAGAAAGUGGCGGUGACUCCAGAUGAGCCGGACGAGGAAGAGGGCCUCAACGUGACGGGAGCUGCUACAACCGUCGCCAGCGACCUCUUUGAGUCGGUCACGCUGGCCCUCAAUGGCAGCAACUCGACCGAGCCAAGCGAGCCCCCGUUCGAAAUCAAGAAGGGCCUCAUCUUCAAGGACGGCAUGAACGUCCUGGGUCUCAUUGGCUUCUUCAUUGCGUUUGGCAUCAUCAUGGGGAAGAUGGGAGAUCAGGCGAAACUCAUGGUCGAGUUCUUCAGCAUCCUCAACGAAAUCAUCAUGCGCCUCGUCAUCAUGAUCAUGUGGUACUCUCCCUUUGGCAUUGCGUCGCUCAUCUGCGGAAAGAUCUCAGACAUCAAGGACCUGGAGGUGGUGGCGCGGCAGCUGGGCAUGUACAUGAUCACGGUUAUCGUGGGCCUCAUCAUCCACGGAGCCAUCAUCCUGCCGCUCAUCUACUUCAGCAUCACCCGCAAGAACCCCUUCAAGUUCUUCGUCGGGAUCUUCCAGGCCUGGAUCACGGCUCUGGGCACGGCCUCCAGUGCCGGCACACUGCCCGUCACGUUCCGCUGCCUCGAGGAGAACCUGGGAAUCGACAAGCGGAUCACUCGCUUCGUGCUGCCCGUGGGAGCCACCAUCAACAUGGACGGCACCGCCCUCUACGAGGCCGUGGCGGCCAUCUUUAUCGCGCAGAUGAAUGGCGUGGUGCUCGAUGGUGGGCAAAUCGUCACCGUGAGUCUGACUGCCACGCUCGCAAGCGUGGGAGCCGCCAGCAUCCCUAGCGCGGGCUUGGUCACGAUGCUGCUCAUCCUAACCGCCGUGGGCCUCCCCACCUCUGACAUCAGCCUGCUGGUGGCUGUGGACUGGCUGCUGGAUCGCAUGCGGACGUCGGUGAACGUGGUGGGCGACUCUUUCGGCGCGGGCAUCGUGUACCACCUGUCGCGCGCCGAGCUGGACGCGAUCGAUGCGCGCGCUCACGAGGACCCCGACCUGACCCACCGCGCCUCGCUCUACGAGGAUGGCCGCAACCACCAGCCCGGCGCCAGCGAGGUCAUCGCCCUCAACUCCGUCGUCGCCGAGGACUCCAAGGCCGGUGCGGCGGGCAAAAAUGGUGCCACGACAGAGUUCACACUGUUUGAGGAGGACCCAUGGAAGCGUGAAAGCUGAACGGACAGCGGAAACGGAUGAAUGAGGGCGCAGAUGCAGGACUCCUUCCCACUGACCCCCCCACACUCCCAGCCCGAACCCAACUUCUCUCCACUUCUCCUCCGUGCCGUCCCUUUUUUUUUUUUUACCCCAAAACCUCCCCACACGCGCGCGCCGGGAUGUGCACCACUUGGGGCUGCGCCGGUCGCUGGGUUUUGUAAGCCGUGACAUCGCUGGUGUCAGAGCUGACCCGUGGCAUUUUGUUCUGUAAAAGUAAAGAAAUUACCAUCGUCACUGGAUUAUAAGAUGGUCCGGAAAGUGAGAUGCUUCCCAAAACAUUUAUAUAAAAUCUGGUCGCACACGCACGCAUGCAUAACAGAUUAAUGAGACGCAUCCCAUAACGGGUUUUAAAAUCGCAUGGGAAAAAACGCGGGUGAUAAUCUGGACAAUGCGCUCAUAUAGAUUAUAUUUAAAUACAGGCGUAAGAGUCCACUAAAACCAUAAUACAAUGACACAAGACCAUUAUAUAUCAAGGUGCAUGGCAGUCGAUUUAAAUAUAUGAACGUUAAUUAAGUAAAUUUGUCAAUGCAAUCGUAACACAAAAUGGCAGGCUGAACAUGUAAAAGUGUCUUCCUGUCUAUACAAGCUUAGAGCAGUGUUCUAUCUCUGCAACCAUGCGCCAAUGAUGGAAAUUCCACACCCUUAUGGCAGGGACCAGUCUACUGCGUUGAACUGAGCAGAUGACUCUUUUACUGGAAUACACACCCAGGACCUUCGCAUGUGAGCUGAGUGACAGCUAAACAUGGCCAGAUUUUACGAGAGCAAAACUGUAACAUUGCAAAUUAAAAAUUUAUGUCGCCAAUUAGCUCAGAUGAUUAUUCCAUGUUUUUGAGAUUCUGGGUUCAAAUCCCAGGCACUGGUCCCCUGAAAUGUUCAUCCACAUUCCCAUGUGUGGCGGUUUUAAUGGACUCAGCCCUGUGGUUUUACCCCACUGCCAAGGCAGUGCCAAAAAAGUAGCUUAAAUAAUAAUGAAAACUUACUUCAUUAGUGAAUUUGGCACUUUUUCCCAAUUGAGAUUUUAGAUUUUGGUUUUUAAAUAUGUGGCUUCCUUUCUAGGCAAUGACAACUUAUAUUUUUAAACACAAGUAGGCUUUCGCGACCAAUAUUACAAUUCAUAAUUGAUCUUUUUUGGGGUCAGAACGCAUAAAUAAUAAAAUGUGUAUCAUAAAUCCUCCGGCACCCGACACAGCCAAUUAAUAAACUCGUCACGUGAUGAACAAACGUGGCUAAUUAAUUACUUCCACAGCAGCGGCAACGCCUGUGCAUCGGAGAGCGACUUCGCAAACAUUUGACGGCCACUGCAAUGAAAACCUGCGGUGAAAUGACCCAGGGCACUUUCCUGACCAUCGGAGAAGUCCCGUUCACGAAAUUUCUUCAUUCAGUCUGCCAUCAACGUGUGGCUGCCCCCGCACCCCGCGAGCGGCUCGUGUGAGGCGCAGGGCAGCGCCCAGGCGCGUCGACCCGCGCCGCUCUGCGCCCCGUGCGACGUCAAGGCUGCAUGCGGUGCUCGCGUGCCCCCAACGUGUUAACCCCCUGACGGCCCUCUCCAAUGUCGGCAUUUCCCACUGCCGAGAUGCAACGGAGGACCGUCUCCUGAAGCGUUCAUUCGAUUUGCGUUUAAUUCCUCCUUUGUUUCGGUUCAUUCUUUCAACAACAACAACAACAACAAAAAAAUCAAAACAUAUCAGCGAGAUCCGUUGGUGUUUUGACGUGUGCUUUUUAAGGAACCUUUUUUCCUAAAUAAUAAAAAAGUUGUAUUAAUAAAUACGCUUUUCGAUGUGGGCAGGGUGCCACAGUGAACGAAUGAGCAGCAGUAGCAGCCAUUUUUAAUCGACGUUGAGGUUAAACGGGGAGACAUUCAGCAGAAUCCAAUCGUGAGCUUGCGGAGUCUGUAUCGAGAUGUGCCCGGGCAGGGCGAUGUUAAAGCACACACAGCAAUAACCGAAGCUACAUAAUAGCGGUGCUCACUUCAAAAGGCAUUCCUUAUUAAACCUCAGGCUGCACAUUUUAUAGGCUGGCGUUGAGAGCCAGCGAGCUUAGUGGUCAGCACGCUUGCAACUCGACUGCUCAACCCAAGGGUUAACAGUUUAAUUCCGCUACCGGGCACUUGGCAAUUUCUGCUGCGGAGUUACCAAAGCACACAGCCUGCCGGACAAUGGACAUUAAAGACCCCCGAGGCAACACGUGCAAAAAUAAGCCAUUUGUGUGCCAGUGGCCUAACCUCAAUUUCAAUCGUUUUAAACGAUAACACCUGGUUGCAAAGGGUGUCAGUCGUCCCAAGAGAGGUUUAAAUAAAGGGACGUUGAAUUUACAUUGCAUUAUUGAACUACUUAAGAUGGGAGUCACUGGUAAAUACAAUGGUGCAGUAGCAUAUAUAUGCAUAUCUUGUUUUUUUCUGUAUUAAUUUAACUUGGGUUACUUUAGUGCAAUGUUUAAUUUACACAGCAGAUUGCACUUCCUUUCAUUUAAUGGACUAGUUAUAUAUAUAAAACACAACAUUUACUUAAAAGCAAACGUGUGAAUGUUACUAAAGCAAUUCAGGUCAGUGUAUUCCAUCGCAGAAUAAUUAUGUUUUCAUUACAAUUUACUGAGGACAUGAAAUAGGUAUUUGAUUUUUUUUACCGGUACAUUGCAUAAACCACGCACGUGCAAAUUUUUUAGCUAUUUCCCUUUUUUACAUUUUCUUCUGGUAACCUUCGCUUCUGUAAAAAACUAAAUCUUUGCAUUGUAAAAGCGCGAGCAAUGCAACGCAACAACAAACAAACAAACAAAACCACAUCACGGUGACGCUCCAGCGGCGGAAUUGACCGCAGUGCCCGGUAAACACCGAAAACGCCGUUGGACGUGACAGCACAACGGCGCUCGACCAUCUUAUCUCGCCUGCUCCACCCCACCGGUGUCCGCACCGCGUCGCCGGACCGGCGCGUCGCCGACACCGCUCGGGGGGCUCGAACUGAGUUCCGUCGCCGGCGUCGCUGGCGACUUUGCACCCCCGUUAUUGAGCGACGCCUCACCCCAGAUUUCAUCCCACCCCCCCCCCCCCGCGUGUGAGUGUGUGUGUGUGGGAGGGGGGGGGAUCAGUUGGCAAUGCCGGGCCACAUUCACAAGAGAGGAAGGGGGCGGUGAGGGGGGGGCGGUGUGCGUGUGUGUGUGUGUGUGGAGACGUGCCCGCUUCCGAGCAUCCUCGUCCUAUGUUCCGUCUUUCUCCCGCGCAUGGCUUGCUUGCGACAACGACGCGCACGACUGCAUGCAGUGCGUGGACAUUUUGCUUGCAUAGGGCAUGGUGAAGCAACUGUGUUGGGUAUUGUUACAAGUGGGAGGAUGGGGGAGCACAUGAAGGGGUGCGGGUCUCCGCUAUUUACGACGGGCAAGCGAGCGGCAGUAAUGAGCUGGGGGGGGGGGGUCUGUCUUUCAGCGCCCGAGUGACGUCCCCUUUUAGUCAAAAAGCCGUGGAGUCUCUGAGUGGAGGAGGGGGGGGGGGUGUAGAGAAAGAGUUUCGUGUUUGUCAUUGGCACGCAUGCCUGCAUGCAUUAAGCCAUCGGACGCAUCCGCACAAUCUAAUGAGUUGUCCUCGUCGCCGCUGCUUUAUUUUAACUUGUGCUGCGGCAACCGUCAAGCUCCGUGCAAUGGAUGGCAAAAAAAAAUCGGUCCUGGGAAAGCGAAUCGUGGCGUUGUGCUCAUGCGCAUCGCGCGUGCCGUGCUGCACGCGUCUCGCACGCAUUUCUGGCAGCGCACGGCGCAAUCGGAGUGGUGGUGCAGUGGUUACACUUCGCCGCGGUCCGCAUUGACCCGGUUCCAAUUUGGAAUCUGGACGUGGUCUUGGCAUCGCAUAGGUCAACUCAUAGGCCGUAAAAUCAGUACCUGCCGAUUUGCAGUUGUUAACGUCGGCACUGGAGAGAUGAACGCGGCUGAGGCAUCCCCAUUGCACCGAAGCGACAUCCAGUUUUGGCCUUGCUGCCCGUAACGGGCGCUCGCUAACAGUAACAGCCCUGACAGCCUAAGCCAGGAUAAAUGGGGAUAAGUGAAUGCAUACUGCAUCUUCAUAUAUGCAGUGCGCACACACAGACGUGUGUUAGCAAUACAUAUUGCAUAUAUGCUGGACAGUUUAUGCAAGGGAUGAUAAAAAAAUUUAGUAAUGAGAUAUUGAAAAAAUAUGAACCAACCGAAUGUGAAUUUGGAUGCAAACACUUUUAUACCUUGGCAACAAUACAAGAAUAAUGCAUACAUGCGUGAACUUGUGUGGAAGCACAACAUGCACAUUGUAUUUAAAACAAUACAUGCGCAAACUAACGGAAUGGCGAUCAACAAUAGUAAACCUCAGUGUGGUGCGGUGGUUGGCACGCUGCACGAUUAACACCACGAACCCGAGUUCAAUUCCAGGCCACGGCUAAGUUCAAUUCCAGGCCACAGCUAACAUCAGUGGCGAGUGAUAUCUGAACUAGUGCUGGCCCCCUAUACAGCCUUCACCAUCUCCCAUUAACUAGCGUGGUGAAGUAUGGUCAAACACCCCCCCCCCCCCAUGAUUGAUGUGGCACGUGGAGGCCCGCUUCCAAUUGUGGAUUGAGAGAGGGCUGUCGAUUAUGAUUUUAAUCGAAUGCAGGUAAAUUAAUGUUAUAGGUGUUAAGACUGCAUAUAUUUAAGAUCUGUUUUAAAACUUGCAGGCCUUCCAUUGCCUCCGUAUGCUGUGCAUUCAGUUGGUCAUAAUUCAACGUCUUUCCCAAACCGUUUCAUCUCUUUGGCCCGAGUAGGUGAUGGCAAUACCGCAUUCCCGUGGAAGGCACCAGUAUUUUCCAGAGUGCAAUCGCUUGUAUGCUUCCCACAAAGUGGUACUCAUUUAACCGACCCGACAGAGAUGAUGAGCCAAACUCGCAGCUUUGAAAAUGCAAGUCAAGUACCCUAACUUCAGCACCACCCGACUGGAGUUUAUGCACACACACACGCAUGCCUGCCCGUACACCGAUUAAUGCACAGCAAAUACAUACGGCACGCCCGUAUGCAUUUAUACGUGUAUUUUUCACAAGGCUUUCUUUGCCGUGAGAAAAUGUCAUCCAUUGCCGUGCCCCCCGUGUGCGUAAAGCGCUACAGAACGCUUGGGAGAAUUCCACCACAAACCCUGGCACGGAGAGAGCCGUGUUUGUGCACACGGUGGCUCAAUAGAGUUGCCCAUGCAUGCACAGUCCUGAGCCUUGUGCCAUGCAGAACGUUUCCACGCUCACACAGGCUGCGGCCUAACACUUUCUCCUGUGAGCUUGAGGACAUUUUUUUUUGCAAGCUCUCGAAGCCGAUGUUGCGUCGCACCCCUCUGAUAAAAAAAAAAUUGUGACAGAACAUUUCAAAUCGCUGAAACAUUUUAUUUUCUUUACACAGCCCAAGUUAAUGAUGGACAAGUGUUGACAUGGGUACAUGUACAGGCCUUUUUGCCAGUCCACUGCUGGAUGGAUGAGGGCCUCGCCACACCGCGCCGGUCGUGGGUUGUUUUUUUUUUGCUGCAUCUGUCUGUCACCACCCGUGGUGUGGGUGCGGAGUAGCGAAGGUGGAUAGCGUAGAUGUGGGAGCAGAGAAAGUGCAGGACAGCAAUGUGUUUUGCUGCACUGGCCCUCCACAUGCGGUUGACAUGUAAAGACUAAAUCUAUGUACAAGACAGUUAUUAUCAAGUCAAGUAGAAGUGUCUCUCUGCUCUGAUGAUGAGCCAUUUGGGGGUGAGCUCAUCUACAUUGGCAAACCCAGAGCCAGUGGGUGGAAAUUCCACAUUCUUAUCCUAGGUGAGAGGUUCUGCAAAGUUGUACCCAUUCUUUUAAUUCGGCCCUGGCCAAGACUAAAACUAAAUAUUUGAGUUUAUGGAAAAUAAGUUGGGUCAGUCCAGUCUUUGGCUGCAUUUCGCAAAUUCAUAUUUUAUUAAUACGCAUCGGACAUAUGGUUAUCAUUUCAAAAUACUUUUCAAACGUUAGACUAAACUCUCAGACUGUGGCCGUGUUAUUAUUAAGCCCCACAGCUUCUGAGUUUAAUAUCCAGAACAUUUUUAACACGAGAACUGCAGGUAGGUAUAUAGUCUUAUUCUUUGCCAUAACUGAUUGCUAUAGCCAUUAGUUUUAUUCUCAAGGAAUUGAGGAAAGGAAAAAAAGUGUGAGUGAAGUGGUAUUGUGAAUAAGGUCUGCUUUCGUUUUUUUUUCUCAAAUAAAUGUUUGAAGCGAUUUGAAAUUAGAUUCCUCAACCACGGAAAACCCUCCUUAAUAGAGGAAUCUGAAUUGUGAACUAAUUAUCCCAUUGUUAUUAUUAUAAACACAAGCACAAUGUAUUUCUCAUCAUCAAUUCAGGUGCGUUAUUUUUUUGACCAUUUUCUAAUUUCGCACCACCUGCGUACAAACUUUUUUUUUACUGCAUUACACUUUUCACUUCAACGGCAGGGGAAAUUAUAAACCCCAUUUUACUUCAAGAAUAAUAAAUUCUGUGUUGAUUUGCCCAUUUGGCGAUACUCAAUGAAGAAGUAUUAAUAUUAUUCAGUGCUAUUUUAGGAAAACUGUAUUGUGGAUCGCCACAUUAUAAACACAAAUCGUGUAUUUUUUAGUGUUCAAUAUUGAAGACAAAAAAAUUCUGAGUAGAUAAAAAAGAUAAAAAAACACACAAAAAAUAUAUCGUGUAGUUCAAUUGCGUCAUUUAGCCAUAGACACUGUUGUAAUAUAGAUUUGUUACGUAGUCACGCGUGGAAGUUACAAAGUUAAUUUUGAGGUUCGUGCAAUAGUCGUGUAUUAGAUGCACACACACACACACACAUGGGAGGGAGUAAAAUAGUUUUGAGAACGGCAGUGGCACCAAUCUUAGUUGAACGUUGAGUCACAGAGUCCCUUAGACAAACGAUCAGUGGUGAAUGCCCAUUGACGGCCCCUGGGCCUGUGGUGGAAAUCCCACGGUUUUUGUUUGUGUGCUCCGGUUAAUAGUUGUCCGUAAAUUGACCAAAUUUGUGACUUCUGACAAGUUUCUAAUCAUUUGUUUCGACCCCAGAAGAAGAGAUGAGUCGACCCUGACCGGGAUUUGAACUCGCAAUCUUGUGAAUGUGAACGAUCGGCCGUAUAUUAAUGAGGGUGCAUUUGUAAAUGACGUUACGAGCCUCAGGCACCCUUUCAAAGUGUCAUUUGGCAAAAUGCAUUGACUGCCCCGCGUAUACGAUAAUGCACACACACACACACAAUACAAUUCAAUGGUUAACGGUAGUGUUAUAGAAGGCAUUAGAUACAUAAUUUACAUAUCAGUGCUAUGUUAAUUGAAUAAACGUAUUGUGAAGUAUCGUUGCAUGGAGAGCUACAUAAAAAAAUCCCAUAUUGUGUACAAUGUGAACAUAAUGUAGGUGGAAUGUAUAGUGUUUACGUUACCUAAUUCACUGCCAAGCGAAUUACCUUUUCACCCAAAAUGGUUUUCAGUCCCUUUCCCGCGUGGAUAAAUUGCAGCAGCUCUGCCCAUUGUGCCCAUUGAAUACAGGAAACCGCAUUGAGUGAGUGGCAUUAAUGUGUGGCUUUCUCCCGAGCAUUCCGCUCUCCUCUCACAUGCAAAUUAAACGCUUAAAAGGGAGUUGGCAAACAUCCAAGAAGCCCCCUGCAAAAAGAGUCUUACAGACUCGGUCUUUCAUGGGCAAGGAUAUUUAAACAAUGAAGUGAAAUUGAUAUUGCAUCUUAUCCUUAGCCUUGCAUAUUUCAUUCCUACAACCUUACUUUUUUUUUACGAUCGAGUAUCGUUUCUAAUGAUGCAGUGCAUAUAGUAACUGAACGGCCAUCAGAUUUGAUGUUCAUCAUCGGUCUUGAUCAAUCCACUGCUGGAUGAAGACCUCCCAUAGUCACUGUCAUCUCAAGGUUAUGCGAUGUAACAAUCUGCUUAGCACCUGCAGACGAGCCGAUUUCUUCGCUCCAUCUCCUUGGGUGGCGUACUUUCCGAUGAUGUCAUUCAUGUAAAUUGAAUUUGCCCUUUCUGCAAAAAUUGCUAAAUCAUCAAAUCGCAGUAAGUAAUUCAACAAAGAUCAUUUCAAUGGGUGGCCCGAAGGCAGUAGUGACAAUUCCGCAUUCCCAUCGUGGGGGGCCAUUCAACCCACAAGAAAGCCACAAAGUAGGACUACAUUUAAUCUUCUCUGGAAAGACGAUGGGCUGAGUUUAACUCCCUUCCACCAGUAUGUGAAUUCGCCAUCUUCUGAUUAUAGAUUACACACUCAAUUGGUAAAUAUGGAAACAUUGCAUCAAUCCUAAGUGAAGAAUGCAAAACUAUGCUCAUAAAAAAUAUUCUGACAAAAGAAUUCCGCACCACAGGCCAUGCAUGAGAUGUGCCAAUGAAUGAGACAUCAGUAGAAGUCCUGCACUGCCAUGCUCCACGCUGGCAAGAAUUGGGUGUUGUUUAUGAAUAGCGAGGCUGGGUAGCCAACUGGUCACUUCCCAUCACAACCAGGCUAGUUUCCACUACGUUCACAUUUUGAUCACUAUCAAUGCGCAGUAAUAUCUGUAGGACACUGCCAACAUGUAGACUGCCAUGUAAGUGCACAUAAAGCCUUUUUUUAUUGCAGUCAUAUAGCAAGCUUCAAAUUGUAAAAUUACUGUCAUUUUUUUUAACUGUGCGGUUACGUUGACGGAAAAUGAACAAAUAAUAGAAAUAAUUAAUCAGCAUCUUCCUUUUUUAUUGAUUGACCAGCUAUUCAAUAAUUAAACCGCGAUUUGAUCAUUAAACCAAGUAAUACCCCAUUAUCAAUUAUAAAGGUUUCCCCUUUGCACAGGGGACCUGGUAGAAAAAAUUGAUGGCAAUAAAAUAACAGAUAUCUGUCCAAAAAAUGUAUACAAAUUCGCCGUUUAGGAAUCUUAAAGAAAACAGUUAUCUCAAUUUGUUUAUUACCUGGUUGAUUAAAAGACAUUUAAAAAAUGUGAAAUUUACUCAAAUCAAUUAUUCUUUGCAAUCAACACGAGUGCGUUUUUAACCUCAAAGUUCGUGAAUUUUUUCCAAUCCAACGGUAUAAGUCCUGCAUACCCACAGCUAUUACUGCUGAGGUCAAAGUGCAAGCCUUCAUUUAUCUGGGGCUUCAGAGGCUCAGGGUGGGUCUCCUAUUGGGCGCGAUGAGAACUGUUGACAGAGCAUAAUUGUGCAGUGAGGAAACAUUGCCUCUGGCUUCAAAUUCCCCCGAACAGUCGGAAAAUUGGCUGUCGCCUGAUUGAGAAACUGAAAUUGCAACAAAAACCUAUUAAAAUAAAUUACAAUCUAGAGGUCACCAUGGCCAGCGUUGGUGGUGUCACCAAACCUUGCCAAUCACUCCAUUGUCGUAGUGCGACCAUGCAUGAACAAUGCACAACGGACAAACGCAGAUGUAUGUUGAACUUAACUUGCACCGUACGUAGCCAACCAUGCUGAUCGGAGGUAUGGGGGAAGGACGACAAACUAAAUACAAAAAGCAAUUUUAAAGGAAUUAGUUUUUCAAUCUAGAUAUUAAAGUGCACAGCUCCAUUGGCUUCCUAAUAUCAGAAGGAAGAGCAUUCCAAGUGGCCACAGAAGCGCAUAUGAAAGCAUGUGAUGCGACGAACCACAGAUGAUCUCUCAGUGGCCAAUGUCACCCACAAACCAUGUUAGAAGAUGAAAUACCGCUCAUUGUCGUUCCUAAUCAGCCGCCAACGACAACGCCAAGAUAUGAGCUCCAUUGCUUUACACAUAUUGUAGACGGAAUGUUUGUUGUUCAGUCAAUGCCGCUCGGUUUCCUGUAUUGAAUUGGCAUAAAAUAU